AUGGACAGGCAUCGUGGAUGUGAUCGACAUUCAAUCAAAUCAAGAGACCAUAGCAUCUCUCUAGAGAGGAGUAGGCCAUUGAUAUACGCGUCUCUACCCCCUACACCUAUCCUACCCUCUCCACCUGCGUCUCCACCUCCCCACAAUCGAGUACCGCCCCCUCCAGCCGCAGAGCCUCAUCAACCUUUGUUUUCGCUAUGGGACUAUCUUCGAGAAGAGCUUUUGGCUACAGAUUUCGAUUCACAUCAGGAACUCAAAUGGGAACGGGUCAGCAAUUUUUUGAGUAUUCCUCUGGCUAUAGAAAAGAUAAUAGGUUUUGGCUUCAUCCUAUGUUUAGACUCAUUCCUGUACACUUUCACCAUAUUACCUAUUAGAUUCGCACUCGCCGCAUUCCGUUUCGCUGCAAACCUUGUUACAUUUUCCAAGUCACACCUUCCUCCCUCUCAAAAAGCCGACAUUAUGCGCAUGUUGCUCUUGUUAGUCUCCGUCACGAUUCUCCUUCCACUAACGGAUGCAAGCAAGAUCUACCACUCUAUCCGUGGGCAAGAUACUAUCAAACUAUAUGUCAUCUUCAACGCGCUUGAAAUCGCCGACCGGCUGUGUGCGUCCAUAGGUCAAGACAUCCUUGAUUGCUUAUUUUCACGGUCCACCCUGGAGGUGCUCACACACAGACUUCCCGUGACGUCCCAUACUCUUAGACCUUUCUUCUUCUUUGCACUCGCAGUCUUGUACACAGUUGCUCACGCACUGGUCAUGGUCUACCAGCUUCUCUCCCUAAACGUCGCCGUCAACUCUUACGACCACGCGCUCCUCACUCUCCUCAUGUCUAAUCAGUUUGUCGAGAUAAAGGGCAGCGUGUUCAAGAAAUUUGAGAAGGAUAAUCUCUUUCAGAUCACCUGUGCAGACAUCGUAGAGCGCUUCACGCUCACGCUCAUGCUCUUCGUUGUCGCGUUUCGGAACCUUAUUGAGCUGAGCGGAUCCGAGUUUGACUUUACGGAUGGUUUUUCCCUUCCAAAGAGUUUUGGAUGGUUCCGUGGAAAUAACGUCCUUUGGACGAUCUCGUAUCCUGUACUCACCGUGAUGGCGUCAGAGAUGCUUGUCGAUUGGCUCAAACAUGCGUUCAUCACCAAGUUCAAUCACAUCCGGCCGUCUGUAUACGAAAGAUACACAGACGUCCUAUGUCGGGAUCUGGCGAGUGGUAGCGCCGCUGGCAGAUUGGGCGCUCGCAAGCACGCUUACGUUGAUCAAUCUCCCCUAGUAGCUCGUCGACUUGGAUUCGCAUCCCUCCCCCUCGCAGUCCUCGCCAUCAUCAUCGGUCUCCAAUCUCUCAACCUCGUUUUCUCCCUUGACUUUGAUUUUACUUACGAGGAAUGGAAUCUCGAAACCGUAAGAGCCUUGUCAAGCGAAGAGAUCGUUCAUCUGGCCAAGUGGGCGGUGAUGGGUGUAGCUUUUUGGCUUUGUUUUCUUGCGGUAAAAAUACUCUUGGGGGUGAAUCUUAUCUCUUAUGCAAACCGAAGACGCGCUGGGAUGGAAGCACGGGCUGCGGCAGACGUAGUGAACGAUUUUGGACGCGAUCCAAUUGGAGAAGGGCGAGAGGAGAAGGAAUAUAAUAAGCAGUUGAAGAAGAUGGUAGACGAUUGGCGGGAUAACGCCGCUGUAGUUGGAGAGAUGGGAGAAGCAAGGGGGCCUAAGAAUGGCAACGGUAGAGAGAAAGCAGACGGUGGUAAGAAAAGGGUCGAGUUGGAGGAUCUCACACGUUUUACUAUGGUCAAGCGGAUUUGGUAG